GCAGCAGGUGGUGGUAUACUGCUGCUGCUGCUGCUGCUGCUGCUGCUGCAACCCUCUGCAAAGGUAGCUCAGUCUAUCCUCACCCAAUGCAGAGACACUUUCACACUAAGGGGGAGUUUCAGCAAACUCUGAGAUCUGCUACCUCUCAAGUGAAUCCAGGAAUUCAUCAAACUUCUCCCUGUCCAAUGAGACCCAGAGACAGAGGCAAGGAGCAAGUCAGAUCAUUCCUGCCUGUCCUCUUCAUCACAGCCUCCACAGGGAAGAUCUCACCAGCAACAUCCAGAGCCUCCUCUCCAUCUUCAGAGACAACUAUAGCAGCCAAGUUUUCUUCUCUGAGAAUUUCUGCAGCAUCCAAAACUAUACGUCUACUCUUCUUUUCCAGCUACUUGUGAACUAUCUGUGACAUUUUUGCAGCACCAAUUCCCAGAGCUACCUUUAUUAAAUUCAUAUUGUAUUUCCUAUCUGCAGAAUUGCAAUUUUCUAUACUAAACCUGGCAAAAGAGGUUUACGGCGACAUUAUAACAGCAUCUGAAAGGACUAUUUCAUUAAUAUAUAUAUAUAUUUUUUAAAGAAAAUAAUUAUUUUAAAAUAAUGAAGAGGAAUAAAGACUUUUUGGGGAAUUGAGGGGACAUUUCUUCAUCUUGUUGCUUUCAGCUUUUCCUAUAGGAAAUAGUACCCCAUGCAGUGAAGCACUUACCUGCGAGAUAUUCUGGAUUUCCAGGUAGUCCUGUCAGCAAAGCACUUUUGGGAGGUAAUAACUAUGUUGGGUCUAUCUCACCCUGGAGAACCCUUAAGAAGUCACCCUAAAAUGUCCACGAGUCCAGGAUUAAGGCACUGCCAAAGGACGAUGGCGUCAUCAGACAAUGUCCAAACAAACUGUAGGAUGUAUAUUGCGUACCUUUUAAUACUUCUUAUUCUAACCCCAAGAGUGGACUCUUCCUGGUGGUACAUUGGUGCACUUGGAGCAAGAGUAAUAUGUGAUAAUAUCCCAGGCCUGGUUAACAAGCAGAGGCAACUGUGCCAAAAGCAUCCUGACAUUAUGCAAGCCAUUGGUGAGGGAGCUAAGGAGUGGAUCAAAGAGUGCCAGCAUCAGUUCAGGCACCAUCGCUGGAACUGCAGCACCCUGGACAGAGACCCCACAGUCCUUGGGAGAGUCAUGCUAAGAAGCAGUCGAGAAGCAGCAUUUGUCUAUGCCAUUUCCUACGCUGGAGUGGUUUAUGCUAUUACCCGCGCUUGCAGUCAAGGAGAACUUAAAUCAUGCAACUGUGACCCCAAGAAGAGGGGGCGCUACAGAGAUGAGCGAGGGGAGUUUGACUGGGGAGGUUGCAGUGACAACAUUGACUUUGGGAUUGAGUUUGCCAAGGAUUUCGUAGAUGCCAAGGAAAGAAAAGUAAAGGAUGCACGGGCCUUGAUGAACAUGCACAAUAACGGCUGUGGCAGGAUGGCAGUAAAACGUUUUAUGAAGCUUGAAUGUAAGUGCCAUGGGGUCAGUGGGUCAUGCACAUUAAGGACUUGUUGGCGAGCCAUGUCAGAUUUUCGAAAAACAGGGGACUAUCUCAGAAGGAAAUACAACGGGGCAAUCCAGGUCACCAUGAAUCAAGAUGGUAUUAGCUUCACAGUGGCCAAUCAAAACUUCAGAAAGCCCACAAAGAAGGACCUUGUGUACUUUGAGAAUUCUCCUGAUUAUUGUGUGAUGGACAAGUCUGCAGGCUCAUUGGGCACUGCAGGAAGGAUCUGUGACAAGGGCUCCCGUGGGACAGAUGGCUGUGAAGUUAUGUGUUGUGGUAGGGGCUACGACACCACCCGAGUCACCCGGACCACCAAAUGCGAGUGUAAAUUCCACUGGUGUUGUGCAGUGCGCUGUAAAGAAUGUGAGGAGACUGUAGAUGUACAUACAUGCAAGGCACCAAAAAGGCCAGAGUGGGUGGACCAGACUUGAAUUAAAAAACAGCCUGCACAUUUGACAAGAAGUCACGGGGCCCCGCGGGAUUCUGGGUGUAAGUGUAGUACAUCUGCAUGGCUUCUUAUUUAAGUAAUUCUGCAAGGCACUAAAGACAAGACUACACUUCCCAGGAUGUAAUGCGGACUCUGAUGAAGGCCAGCUAAGAAUCAGGCCUUUCUGUAUGAGAAGAUUGCAAUAAAAUAAGUGGUUCAAAAAUUGUGAUUCCUGGUCUUCUAAUGGUACCCACCAGACCGCUGCUUUACAGCUUUCUCCUGCUGUGAGACUUUUUCUCAUUAAUGGAGACUGAACCUCGUAAACAAGUGCUUUUGAUCAAUAUGCUAUAAGUAUACAUACAUAUAUUGAUGUUGAAAGCAAAAGUAACAAAUUAUUUACUGCAGAAGUCACUAAAUGGUUAAAAAUUUGGAAACCCCUGCAGUAACAACCUACAUGAUAGUUUUCCACUUUCAAAAACAAGGAUACAGUUCACUGGAAGGAUGUGACUGCGCCUAUCGUGCACACUUUGUCAUUUUUAUGGUUAAAGUCUUCAUCCUGCUUGGAAGACUGCAAUUAAAUAAAUUUAGGUGAAUAUGUUUGUACUGGUAAAGUCAGCAAACUUUAUGAAGCUGCUUGGAAGGCCAUGGGGAUUUUCCAGAAACUUGUACACAACAAAAUCUCCUAUGCCGACUGCACAAGUAAGGAAAAAAAAAAAAAAAAAAAAGACUUUGAAACAGAGGACUUUGGAUGUGACUGUGACACCCCCAGUUUGUAAACAUGCUUGUAUGAUGUGUAUACUGCUUUAAUAUUUUUUUAAAUCUAUAUAAACUUAUAUUGCAAAACAAAUUUUUUGUACUCUCUGCCCAUUAAGAACAGUAGCUAUGCUAUUGAUUGAUUUGCUUGAAUGCAGAUUGACAGAAUAUGUGGGGUAAAGCAUACUCUGAUGUAAAUGAUAUGGCUAGUCAGGGGUAUAUGUGGGUUUAUAGAAGUGGAGAUGUUGCCCAUAGCAACCAAUCAGAUUGCUGAACUUUGAGAUUGAUAUACAACUAUUAUUUCCAGCAGUUUAUACCUAUACUA